AUGACGUCGGCUACGCGCGUUUUUUCGUUUCUGGUGGCGUUGGCGAUCUUCGGUCGAAUUUCCACGCUGGGUACUUAUGACCUUUUUUGUUUUAACGUACUGCUUUAAACUCAGCAAUAAGUGGCGUGUCCUGCAGUACAGAGGCAGAGGGAGCCGUACAAUCCCCAACCAGAAUGUCAAAAAAAUCUUAAAUUGUCGUUUCAAAUAUUAGUUUUUUUUUUAAAUAUUUAAUUUGCAGUUUUACGGUUUUUUUUUGUAAUGUGAUCAAUAGUACCUGAAAAAAAUUCCCGGAUACGCCUCUGUACUCGUAACCGUUAUUUAUACAUCGAUAUUUAAUAUAUAUAUUUUUUUUUUUUUUAAUAUUUACAUUUAUGUAUUAUAUAGACAGUGCCAGAGUCGUUUGCUAUUUUAGUAAUUGGGCUAUUUACCGACCCGGCAUUGGCAGGUACACCAUUGAGGAUAUCCCGGUCAAAGACUGCACUCACGUCAUUUAUUCGUUUAUCGGAGUGGACAACAAGACUUGGACCCCGAGCAUUCUCGACCGCGAUGUAAUUAUUUGUCAUACUAGAUAAUGUUAUAUCAAUACAUAUUGUAUAUUGAUUAACAAUAUUUUUAACAAAAUAUUAACAUUGUUCACAGAUUGACGUGGACAAAAAUGGAUUCAAGAAUUUUACGGAUCUUCGAGAAAACAACAAAGGGGUUAAGUUUAUGGUGGCUCUUGGCGGAUGGGCAGAAGGGGGUAAAAAGUAUUCGACUUUGGUGUCCUCUCCGGAAAAACGUGCUACAUUUAUCGACAGUGUAACAGGUUAGUAUAACAAUAUAAGAUUAAUGAUUAGUUAAGGUACCUACAAGAGACCUGCACGUUACGGAAAUUCCUGUUCCGGUCAGGUUGUAAAAUAAUCCCGCCCAGCCCUGUUUUUUUGUGCGUGUAUACAAGUCAGGUCGUAUUAUUGGUAAAGAAAAGUUCGGUCCUACCUGGUUUAAAAAUAUUUUUCAAAGCUCGGCCUGACCCGCGCUUUUUACUGGCAUAUUAUAAAGUCCAGCCCUGUUUUUUCACAGAUCUUUACAAGUCCAGUCCGGCCUAGAUUUUUUCUUAUUAUUUUCGAAUAACUGUACCACUCCGAUCGUAUCCUUGUAGGACUGGUGGUAUUAGGUUAAUAAUAAAAAUGUAAGAAAUGGUCAACAUGUUUUUGUAACAAAAAACUCUGCCCGUAAAAAAAUUAAAAGUUCGGGCAUAAUAUAUAUUUUAAAAUUACACCUUGGCCCAGAUCCGAUUAAAUUUAACCCAUCGUCACUCGCACUGUUUCCAUUGUCACCUUUACUCACACAGGGUAGUUUUUUUCCAAGUUUUAUUUCUUGUAUGUAUUGUAUGAGUAAAAUUAUUAUUUAACCUAUUGAGCAUGGCAAUCCGGACACAAUUCGAUUAAAUGAUCAUGGCAUAUUAAUUAACGCAUGUUGUGCAAACUUUUAUUGUUUUGCGAUCAAAAUAACAUAAAAACAAGAAAAAAAACUGGGAAUGAAUUACUUGACGGGGUAAAUUAUUUUCAAAUACUAAUACCGAUCAUUUUAUGCACUUCUACCAAGUGAACAAAAAAUCAAGAUAACACAAAGUCGGUUACAUUUUAUCUAUAAACACAUUAUUUGAGGCUAUAGAAAUGUAUGAAUAUUUAUAUUCACGAUAUCAUAAAACUAUAUACAAAAAUAAGCUGAGGUCAUUAUUUCCCCCUUUGUGAGUGACGACGGCGUAUUAAAGAGCCUGGCCCUUGCAGGUCUUAAGUGUAUAUCUAUUUAUAUAUUUUAUUUCAUAUACUAAUUGUAUACACUUAGAAUUCUUGAAAAAGUACAACUUUGAUGGACUCGAUCUCGAUUGGGAAUAUCCUGGAGCAAUAGACCGAGAAGGAGCUUAUUCAGAUCGCAAUAACUUUUAUUAUUUUGUGCAAGAACUGAGAGGUGAAUUUUUAAAGCAAAACAACUCUUGGGAGCUUACCAUGGCAGUACCCUUGGCAAAAUUCAGAUUAAUGGAAGGUUAUUACGUUCCAGGAUUAUGUCGGUAAGUUGGCUUUUUACAGAAUUGUUUAUUAAACAAAUUACAAUAAAAUCAUCUUUGUACUAUAGAAUAAUGAUAAAAAAACUGACCUUAAAUGUAUGUUUGAAAUUGUUCUUAUAAAUUAUGUAGGUAUUGUAUAUUUAAUAAUUAUAAAUAUGAAAAAUUGAGUAAAAUUAAAACAUUUUAGUUAAAUUUAUAUGCAACAAUUAUUUAGUAGUAUACCUAACCUAUAUUUAACUCUUAUAACUUAAAAUAUUAAAGUAAUUAAUACAAUUUGAUAUAUUAUAACAAAAUUAAGAGAAAAUUUUAUUUAUCGAGGGUCCUAAUAAUGAAAUGAUAAUUUUCAUAAUUUAAUUUUGCGUAUGCAUGCAUUUUGUUCAUUUUGCACUGUAUAAUUUAUACAAUUAAACUAUUUAAUAUGUUUGUUUUAUUUUUUAAGUUUAAUGGAUGCUGUACACGUAAUGGCAUAUGAUUUAAGAGGAAACUGGGCUGGAUUUGCAGAUGUGCAUAGUCCAUUGUUUAAGAGACCUACCGAUCAAUACGCUUAUGAAAAGCUAAAUGUGGUAUGUAAUCAAAAGUUAAAUUAUAAAUGUUACAAAUACUAUUUAUGGUAUACACUAUGUGAUUGACAGGCUGAUGGGAUGCAAUUGUGGGUAGAUCUUGGUUGUCCACCAAGCAAAUUGAUAAUGGGAGUACCGUUCUAUGGCAGAUCAUUUACAUUAAGUGCUAGCAAUAAAAACUAUAAUAUUGGCACCUAUAUUAAUAAAGAAGCAGGAGGUGGUGAAGCCGGAAACUACACUCAGGCAAUUGGAUUUCUAUCUUAUUAUGAGAUAUGUGAAUAUUUACAAGACGAAAACAAUGGUUGGACUGAAAUGUGGGAUUCCAUAGGACUCUGUCCAUACAUAUACAAAGGUGUUUAUUAAAUUUAUCAGCUUUUUAAAAAUUAUUUUAAACUUAACUUUUAUUAUAAAUUCUGGUGGUUACUAGGAACGCAAUGGAUUGGUUAUGAUAAUGUUACAAGUUUAUCAUUAAAAAUGGACCAUAUAAAAAAUAAAGGCUAUGGUGGUGCAAUGACUUGGGCUGUAGAUAUGGACGAUUUCAAUGGCAUUUGUGGUCCUAAAAAUCCUCUUAUUCGAGUUUUACGAGAUGCCAUGGAGAAUUACACUCCUCCAAUUGUAGAAUUAACCACUACCCCAACGGUAAACAAAUUGAAACCAAACAUGUCCCAUAGUUUAUAAUAUUCUAAAUCAUUUUUUGUUCUAAUAGCCUGACUGGUUGAUACCCCCUGAGAAAUCUACUCCUAAAAUGAAAGACAUUUCUGCUCAAACAAUUACUGAAGCACCUGAGCCAGUAAAAGAAAUAGAUGAAGUUGUAGUAAUUCCACAUACAGAUUCUCAACAAAGAAAAGGUUGUCUCGAAGGAAAAUAUUCACCACAUAAAUACUGUAAUAAGGUAAGUUAUAUUUAGCUAAAUUCAUUAAUAAUAGUUGAGUGUUUCUUUUUGAUAAUAUUUAUUGAGUAUUUCAGUCAAGUUAUUUAAACACAAAAAAAUUUGUUUGUAUUUUAAAAUUUACUUCCAUUGAAUUAGUAAUUUAAAGAAUUUGCAAAAUAAAAAAAUCAUAAAAAAAAGCUGAUACUGUUGUUUGGUGGGAAGUUGGAAAGGUAAAAUACAUAAAGUUAUUUAAUUUAUAUAUGUAAGCAACAAUAAACGAUUGUUAACAAAAUAUAAUGCUGAGCAAAGUUCAGUUAUAUAUGUUUUAAAAUGUUGUAAUAUUUACAAUUUGUAUCAUAAUUUAAUCUUAAAACAAUUAAAAACAAAAAACUACUUUAUAACACUCAACUUUUUUUCUUUUUUCUUUUUUUCUACUACCUACCUAAUACAACUGAUAAUGUAAUAUGUAAUAUAUGUACAUAUAUUACAUAUUAAAUAGCAAUACAAUAAAUAACAGAGAAAUUAAAAAGCUGUCCUAGGAUAAUGGGGACGGGUGCUGUUAUAGGUAAUAUUUUAAUGUAUGUCUGUAAAUAAUGAUUAACCGUUGCUAACGAAAGAGCGAUUUUGAGCAGAGGUCGUAAUAUUUUACUAUAUAUUCAUACAUUUUCUUGUUUUUUCCCAUUUGUUGAGUAAACUCCAUGGAAAAAUUUGAAAUGACCCUUCUAAAGUAUCUCCCUUUAAAGUUAGAUUUUCUUUCAGAAAAAGUGUUACGUUUGUAAAUCAAAGCAUAAUUUCUAGUAAAAAAAUUGUUUUCAGAUAAAAAAAAAAAAAAAUAAACAUUGUAACCAAAAUAUUCCUCAGUCCACUCAGAAUUUAAAAUAAAACAGGUUUUUACAUCAUUAACAAGUUUAUUUAAAUUUUAUUUAGGUUUUAUUCAUAUUAUUUAUAAGAAAUAAUUUAUUCCAUACAUUUUUAAAAGUUAAUUUACAUAAAUAAUUUAUUAUAAUUAUCUGGAAUAUUUUUGUGAACAAAAAUAAAUAAAUAAGUCAAUAGGUCAUAACUAUUUAAAUUGAACAGUUAAUUAUCAUUUCUAUUUGGUUUUCUUAAUUUGUAUAAAUUAAUCUCAUUCCAUUCAUUUAAUUUAUUAAAUAAGUGGCAAAUUUAAGUUAUUAUAAAGUUUAUUGUAUUUUUUCUUAGACUGAUUUUUAAAUCUAUUUCAUUAUAUUGUUUAAACAAUUCCAUGGGUAGUAUUUAAAAUGUUAGAUUGCUAUAAUAGUAUAAUAUAUCAGUGCCUAUACAAAAAUUUAAUAUUUAUGUAAUUAUAUUAUUUGUUUUAGUAUUUCAUGUGUAAUCAUGGGAAAUUAAUGACAUUCACCUGUCAGCCAAGUACUGUUUGGAACCAAAAAGAAUCUGUGUGUGAUUGGCCUUUCAAAACUACUUCAUCAAACUGUAUAAAAUUUUAA